AUGCAAGCUUAUACUCCAUGUAGCUUCAUCGACUAUUUCCUCCAUAAGAUCAAGAAGGAUGAAUUCCCACCGAUGCAUUUGAUCCCUAGAUCAAUUGAAAUCAUCUUAAGCACAAUUAAAGGUAUUGACUUUUUGGAAUUCAGUCCUUCCGAAAUAGCCGCAGCAGUAGCAAUGUCUGUUUCAGUACAAGCAACGGGCAUGAACGAGGCACUGCCCAGUUUCAUGGGAGUAGACAAGGAAAAAGUGAUCAAGUGUCUUAAUUUGAUCCAAAAUUUGACAAACAUUAAUGGGACAACUCCAAAUGGGGUGCCCCAAAGUCCAAAUGGGGCGUUGGGAGGCUGCAUGCUUGGGCAGUGA